CAUUUGCUUUCAUAAAAGUCCAUGUAAAAUUGUUGCUCUACCUAAAUGCUUCUCCUAUGGGCACCAAAAUGCUAAACAUGUCAGCCCUCAAUCUUGAAAGUGAAUGCAAAGAGAUUCAUGAUUCUUGGGGACAGCUAAACCAACUGGCUCUGGCUUUGGCUGGCCGAACCCGGCUUGAAAGGCAACAUAUUAGAGAAACUUACAAGGCAAUUUAUGGAGAGGACUUGGCAAACAGACUCCAAAAGGCAGAUCAAAUGGCUGACAACAGAAAACAGGCAGCUGCUGGUGUUGGGGUUUCACCAAAAUUAUGUGCAGCCUUGUCCAUGUGGAUGAUAGAGCAGCACGAACGCGAUGCAAUUGUGGUCCAGGAGGCCCUUGAUGAUCAGCAAGGUGACAUAAACUAUAGCGCUCUUGUAGAGAUUUUUGUUGGUCGAAAAUCAAGUCAAAUCCUUCUCAUCAAACAAGCAUAUCAGAGAGGAUUUAGGAGGCAGUUGGACCAAGAUAUCAUCCAUAUUGAGCCUCCCCAUCCUUACCAAAAGAUACUGGUGGCAUUGGUUGCAUCCCACAAGGCACACCAAGCAGAUAUUAGCCAACAUAUCGCCAAGUCAGAUGCACGGAGGCUCUACGAAACAGGGGAGGGGAGUUCAGGGCCCAUAGAAGCUGUUGUACUAGAAAUACUAAGCAAACGGAGCAUUCCACAGCUUAAACUUACAUUUUCUUUCUAUAAACACAUCUAUGGACAUGAGUAUACAGAGUUCCUGAAGACCAGAAACUCUGGAGAAUUUGAAAACGCAAUGAAAACAGUCGUCCAAUGCAUCUACAGACCAGCUACCUAUUUUGCUACGAUAUUGUAUGCAAGCAUCAAGGGGUCCAUGACCGAUAAAGGCGCAUUGGCACGCGUGAUGGUGAACAGAGCUGAAGUAGACAUGGAUGAAAUUCAAAGGGAAUUUAAGAGGCAGCAUGGGAUUGAACUCAGAGAUGCAUUAUGUGACAGUGACAAAAUCCCAUCUGGGGAUUACAGAGACUUUCUUGUUGCCUUGACGGCCUCCAAAUGAACUGCCACCACAGGCUAAACCUAUUAUAAUAUAUUAUAUAUAAUCAUUGCUUGAUUAUGUUUUCAACAACUUGAAUUUGUUUAUUGAUCGAAUAUACUCAUUUCUCUUUUCAUUUUUUCAUGUUCAUUAAUGUACAUUUUAUACUUUAACUAGCUUGCACAAACACUCCGUCCCUAAUUCCUAGUAUUACUCUUCUGAAAUUUACGAAAUUGAUGUUGUCAUAUAAUAUAAGAAGUGCAUAUACUGUUGUUGUCUGCUAGAUUAGUACCUUGGCUGAUGUGUUCAUGAGGUAUUAGCAUAUCUUGAGGACAAGGAAAUUAUUCCCUCCCUCAAUGUAUGCACCAAGAACAAAACUCCGGGAGAAGUUAACAAAAAAGGGAUUUAUUCUCUUUCAAAAGGAAAACUCCGGGACAAAGUAUUAGCUUCUAAAUGCCCUUUUCAUCAUGUAUAAGAUAAGGAAAGAGAGGCCCUCAUUUGGCCAAGAAACUUGAUAACAUUUUCUUUACUUGAAACCUUAAAAAGAAAACAAAGAAAGCAUAAAAUCUCCAAUGGAAACCAAGCUUGCAGCAAACGAUGAGCAGUGUUACGAGGUCUUUGAACCGUUUUGCCAGUGGAAGAAAGAAGAAGGACUUGACAUUCUUGAGGUUCAUCUACCAGGUUUCAAAAGGCAAGAUGUCAGAGUUCAAAUCAACAACAAGGGCAUCCUAACCAUUAGUGGAAAGCAAUCUAUGGAAGAAGAAACUGCAUCUCCACCCAGCCGCUUCCUCAAAGAGAUCAAAAUUUCUACAAAUUGUAAUACCAGUGGAAUCCGUGCUAAGUUUUCGCAUGGAAUUCUUUCCAUAUCUUUGCCUAAGAAAUUGACAAACCUUUCAACACAAUUAUCAGGCAGCGGAGACAAGAUUAAGGCCUCUGAAAUUGCUACAUGGUCGUCAAUUAAUUACUAUUUACUUGGUUUAAGAAGCAAAGUUUUAAGCAAGGAGAUGGUUCUGAAGAUGGCGGGGGUCGCUCUGGGAAUGGCUCUUGGAGGUUAUGCAAUAUAUAGAUAUCCAAAGUCAGCUUGUGUCCAAAACUGAAUUAACAUACGAUGGACAUCAUUUUCAGAUCAAAUUACACUUCUUUGAUUAUUUUUCAAGUUGGCUGUUUUUAUUUAUAAAUAAUCUUUAAACCAUUGCAAUUAUGGUCACAACAAA